UGUAGAAAUCUUCUUUCUUUCUCCUUAAAUGGCCAACUCAAUCAUGUUUUUUUCAUGUGUCAUGAGUCUCCCUUUCGUUGUUGAUUCACUUUACUUUAAGUUCACUAGUUUUCGUCCAGGUGAUCCUGAGAAUGUGGUAUACCAUGGAGAUGCAAUGCCCGAUGGGGCUGUAAAUUUCAACGACGUGGAAUAUAUAGCUCGUGUUGGUUGGGUUACUUAUGCUGAGAAGGUGCCUUUAUGGAAUCCUAGAACUGGUACUACUACAGAUUUUAAUACUAGUUUCUCUUUUAGGAUUGAUACCCGUAACCUUACGAGUUAUGGUCAUGGGAUCUGCUUCUUUCUUGCUCCCGUGGGAACUCAACUCCGUGUAAACUCAGCUGGUGGUUUCUUAGGUCUUUUUACUCGAAUCAAUGAUUAUACAUCUCCGUUUCCGCUGGUUCAUAUCGAAUUUGACUCGUUCAGUAAUCAGGAAUGGGAUCCUACCACUGUUGGAUCUCAUGUGGGGAUCAAUAAUAACUCGCUUGUUUCGUCUAACUACACAUCUUGGAAUGUAAGCUCACACAGCCAAGAUAUUGGUCAUGCAAAGAUCUCUUAUGACUCUGUUACUAAGAACUUGAGUGUGUCUUGGGCUUAUGAAUUAACCUCUGAUCCUCGGGAGAGUGUUGGCAUUUCUUACAUCAUUGAUCUUGCAAAGGUUUUGCCACCACAUGUUAUGGUUGGUUUCUCAGCGGCUACUGGAGCAAACACAGAGGGACAUAGACUUUUAUCAUGGGAGUUUAGCUCAAGUUUGGAUAUUGAGAAAGCCUCUAUCAAGAAAGGACUGAUAGCUGGCGUUUCGGUUUCUGGAUUUGUUGUCUUGACCUCUUUGGUCAUUGUUCUUGUGGUUUGGUUGCAGAAGCAAAGAAAGAGAAAAGCAAAAGAGGUAAAAGACUUGGUAUUGUUAAACGAAGACCUUGAACGAGAUGCAGGACCACGGAGGUUUGUUUUUAAGGAUCUUGUUUUAGCAACCAACAGGUUCUCAGCCCAGAGAAAGCUGGGUGAAGGAGGCUUUGGAGCAGUUUAUAGAGGGUACUUGAACGAAUUAGAUAUGAUGGUUGCAGUGAAGAAAUUGUCUGGUGGCUCCAAGCAGGGGAAAAAAGAGUUUGUAACUGAAGUUAAGAUCAUUAGCAAACUGCGACAUCGGAACCUGGUGCAACUCAUCGGUUGGUGUAAUGAAAAAGAUGAGUAUUUGCUGAUAUAUGAGUUCAUGCCAAAUGGUAGCUUGGACACCCACCUCUUUGGGAAAAGACCCCAUCUCUCCUGGGACAUAAGAUACAAGAUAGCUCUCGGUCUAGCCUCUGCGCUUCUUUAUCUUCACGAGGAGGGAGACAGGUGUGUAUUGCAUAGGGACAUCAAGGCAAGCAAUAUCAUGUUGGACAUUAAUUUCAAUGUAAAAUUAGGUGACUUUGGGCUGGCUCGAUUGAUGGACCAUGAACUAGGCUCCCAUACAACAGGGCUAGCAGGAACAUUUGGGUACAUGGCUCCAGAAUACGUGAUGGAUGGAAGGGCGAGCAAGGAAUCUGAUAUAUAUAGCUUUGGCAUUGGUAUACUAGAGAUUCUCACGGGGAGAAAGUCUGUUGAUCAUUCACAAGAAAGCACUGAGAGUGAGAUGAGUCUUGUGGAGAGAGUGUGGGAUUUAUAUGGAAGACAAGAACUUGUGUCAGCCAUUGAUAAGAAACUUGGUGAGGAUUUCGAUAAGGAACAAACCGAAUGUUUGUUGGUCGUGGGGUUAUGGUGUGGCCAUCCUGAUAGAAACUCGAGGCCUUCUAUAAAACAAGCGAUCCAAGUACUGAACUUGGAGUCACCAUUGCCUCAGCUUCCCCGAAAGAUGCCCUCUGCCACGUUUCACAUCUCACCUUCUUCUUCUCUCUUACUUAGCUCAAGUAUAGUAUCUGCCACCACGUCCUCGAGAAGUCAAGUUGCUCGGGAGCUGAAGAUGAGAGAUGAGGCAGAUCUUGGUGGCCUUUGCGGUUCUGAAACUUGA